AUGGGGGAGAAAGUUUCGGAGGUGCGGGAACCGCUUCCCCGAGGCUGCAGCGGCCACGGCGGCCGGACUCCUGCCUCUGCGGCGGCGGCAGCGUCCUCACCCGGCGUUUCCUCGGCCGAGUCUUCUUCGGGCUCAGAAACUCUGUCGGAGGAAGGGGAGCCCGGCAGCUUCUCCCGCGAAAAGCCGCCGCCGCCGGGCGGAGCCCUGGGCGCCGGGUCAUCCGCCGCGUGGGCUCCGGUGCGCGUGGUGCUAGAGCUCGGAGUCCCCACGCCGCCGCUGCCGCUCCCUGGAGAAGCCGUUCCGCCCGCGCCUCCGGACAGCAGUGCGUCCCAGGAGGAGCAGGACGAGGAGCUCGACCACAUAUUGUCGCCUCCACCCAUGCCAUUUCGGAAGUGCAGCAACCCAGAUGUGGCUUCUGGCCUGGGAAAGUCCCUGAAGUUUAAAAGACAGCUGAGUGGUGAGGACGGACGGCAGCUGCGGCGAGGGAGCCUGGGAGGAGCUCUGACCGGGAGAUACCUCCUACCAAACCCCGUGGCGGGCCAGGCCUGGCCAGCCUCCGCAGAAACGUCAAACCUCGUGCGCAUGCGCAGCCAAGCCUUGGGCCAGUCGGCGCCCUCGCUCACUGCCAGCCUGAAGGAGCUGAGUCUCCCCAGAAGAGGAAGCUUUUGCCGAACAAGCAACCGGAAGAGCUUGAUAGGCAAUGGGCAGUCACCGGCAUUGCCUCGCCCACACUCACCCCUCUCUGCUCAUGCAGGAAAUAGCCCUCAAGAUAGUCCAAGAAAUUUCUCCCCCAGUGCCUCAGCCCAUUUCUCAUUUGCACGGAGGACUGAUGGACGCCGCUGGUCCUUGGCUUCUCUCCCCUCCUCUGGCUACGGGACAAACACACCCAGCUCCACCGUCUCUUCAUCCUGUUCAUCCCAGGAGAAGUUGCACCAGCUACCCUACCAGCCAACACCCGAUGAAUUGCACUUCCUAUCGAAACAUUUUUGUACCACGGAAAGUAUCGCUACUGAGAACAGAUGCAGAAACACACCCAUGCGCCCUCGUUCCCGAAGCCUGAGCCCUGGACGUUCUCCCGCCUGCUGUGACCAUGAAAUAAUUAUGAUGAACCAUGUCUACAAAGAAAGGUUCCCAAAGGCUACAGCUCAGAUGGAAGAACGUCUAAAGGAAAUUAUCACCAGCUACUCUCCUGACCACGUUCUUCCCCUGGCAGAUGGAGUGCUUAGUUUCACUCACCAUCAGAUUAUUGAACUGGCUCGAGAUUGCUUGGAUAAAUCCCACCAGGGUCUCAUCACCUCCCGAUACUUCCUUGAAUUACAGCACAAAUUAGAUAAAUUGCUACACGAGGCUCAUGAUCGUUCGGAAAGUGGAGAGUUGGCAUUUAUUAAGCAACUAGUUCGGAAGAUUCUAAUUGUCAUUGCCCGCCCCGCUCGGUUAUUAGAAUGCCUGGAAUUUGAUCCUGAAGAAUUUUACUACCUAUUAGAAGCAGCAGAAGGUCAUGCCAAAGAAGGACAGGGUAUCAAAACUGACAUUCCCAGGUACAUCAUUAGCCAGCUGGGGCUCAAUAAGGACCCUUUGGAAGAAAUGGCUCAGUUGGGGAACUAUGAUAGUGGGACAGCAGAAACACCAGAAACAGAUGAAUCCAUGAGUAGCUCUAAUGCUUCCCUGAAACUUCGAAGGAAACCUCGGGAAAGUGAUUUCGAAACUAUUAAACUGAUUAGCAAUGGAGCCUAUGGGGCAGUCUAUUUUGUUCGGCAUAAAGAGUCCCGACAGAGGUUUGCCAUGAAGAAGAUUAAUAAACAGAACCUCAUCCUCCGAAACCAGAUCCAGCAGGCCUUUGUGGAACGGGAUAUCCUCACUUUUGCAGAGAAUCCCUUUGUGGUCAGCAUGUACUGCUCCUUUGAAACAAGGCGCCAUUUGUGCAUGGUCAUGGAGUAUGUGGAAGGAGGUGACUGUGCUACUUUAAUGAAGAACAUGGGUCCUCUCCCUGUUGAUAUGGCUAGAAUGUACUUUGCUGAAACUGUCCUGGCCUUGGAGUAUCUACAUAAUUAUGGAAUUGUGCACAGAGACUUGAAGCCGGAUAAUUUACUGGUCACCUCCAUGGGGCAUAUAAAGCUGACAGACUUUGGAUUAUCCAAGGUGGGACUAAUGAGCAUGACUACCAAUCUUUAUGAGGGUCAUAUUGAGAAGGAUGCUCGAGAAUUCCUGGACAAACAGGUCUGUGGCACACCUGAAUACAUUGCACCAGAAGUGAUUCUGAGGCAGGGUUAUGGAAAGCCCGUGGACUGGUGGGCCAUGGGGAUUAUCCUCUAUGAAUUUCUGGUUGGAUGCGUGCCGUUCUUUGGGGACACUCCAGAAGAGCUAUUUGGACAAGUCAUCAGUGAUGAAAUCAAUUGGCCUGAGAAGGAUGAGGCUCCACCACCCGAUGCCCAGGAUCUGAUAACUUUGCUUCUCAGGCAGAAUCCCCUGGAGAGACUGGGAACAGGUGGUGCAUAUGAAGUCAAGCAGCAUCGAUUCUUCCGUUCUUUAGACUGGAACAGUUUGCUGAGACAGAAGGCAGAAUUUAUUCCCCAACUGGAAUCCGAAGAUGACACAAGUUAUUUUGAUACACGGUCAGAGAAGUAUCACCACAUGGAGACUGAGGAAGAAGAUGACACAAAUGAUGAAGACUUCAAUGUGGAGAUAAGGCAGUUUUCCUCGUGUUCACAUAGGUUUUCAAAAGUUUUCAGCAGUAUUGAUCGAAUAACUCAGAAUUCCGGAGAAGAGAAGGAAGACCCUGGGGAUAAAACCAAGAACACAGCUCUGCCCUCCACAGAGACCUUAAGCUGGAGUUCUGAAUAUUCUGAAAUGCAACAGUUAUCCACCUCCAACUCUUCAGAUACUGAAAGCAACAGACAUAAACUCAGCUCUGGCCUACUCCCCAAACUGGCUAUUUCAACAGAGGCAGAACACGAUGAAGCUGUUCCCUGUCCCAGAGAUCCCCAUGAGGAGCCAGAGAAGCCAGUUCUUCCUCCUGGAGAGUGUGUUCAGGAAGAGCCCGAGGUCACCACCCCAGCCAGCACCAUCAGCAGCUCCACCCUGUCAGUUGGCAGUUUUUCAGAGCACUUGGAUCAGAUAAAUGGACGAAGCGAGUGUGUGGACAGUACAGAUAAUUCCUCAAAGCCAUCCAGUGAACCCGCUUCCCACAUGGCUCGGCAGCGAUUAGAAAGCACAGAAAAAAAGAAAAUCUCGGGGAAAGUCACAAAGUCCCUCUCUGCCAGUGCCCUGUCCCUCAUGAUCCCAGGAGAUAUGUUUGCUGUUUCUCCACUGGGAAGCCCAAUGUCUCCCCAUUCCCUGUCUUCUGACCCUUCAUCUUCACGGGACUCCUCACCCAGCCGAGAUUCUUCAGCGGCCUCUGCCAGUCCGCACCAGCCCAUAGUGAUCCACAGUUCCGGGAAGAACUAUGGCUUCACCAUCCGAGCCAUCCGGGUGUAUGUGGGCGACAGUGACAUCUACACUGUGCAUCACAUUGUCUGGAAUGUAGAAGAAGGAAGUCCAGCAUGCCAGGCAGGACUGAAGGCUGGUGACCUCAUCACACACAUCAAUGGAGAGCCAGUGCAUGGACUUGUCCACACAGAAGUUAUAGAGCUCUUGCUGAAGAGUGGAAAUAAGGUGUCAAUCACUACCACCCCGUUUGAAAACACAUCAAUCAAAACAGGACCAGCCAGGAGAAACAGCUACAAGAGCCGGAUGGUGAGGCGGAGCAAGAAAUCUAAGAAGAAAGAAAGUCUGGAAAGGAGGAGAUCCCUCUUCAAAAAACUAGCCAAGCAGCCUUCUCCUUUACUCCAUACCAGCCGAAGUUUCUCCUGCUUGAAUAGAUCCCUGUCAUCAGGGGAAAGCCUCCCGGGGUCCCCCACUCACAGUUUAUCUCCCCGGUCUCCUACACCCAGCUACCGCUCCACCCCCGACUUCCCAUCUGGUACUAACUCCUCCCAAAGUAGCUCCCCCAGUUCUAGUGCCCCCAAUUCUCCAGCGGGGUCAGGACACAUCCGACCCAGUACUCUGCAUGGUCUGGCUCCCAAACUGAGUGGGCAGCGGUAUCGCUCUGGAAGGCGGAAGUCGGCUGGCAGCAUCCCACUCUCGCCCUUGGCCCGGACACCCUCUCCGACUCCACAGCCCACCUCCCCACAGCGGUCGCCAUCACCUCUCCUGGGACAUUCACUUGGAAAUUCCAAGAUUGCACAAGCCUUUCCCAACAAAAUGCACUCCCCUCCCACCAUCGUCAGACACAUCGUGAGGCCCAAGAGUGCUGAGCCUCCACGGUCCCCGCUGCUCAAGCGUGUGCAGUCAGAGGAAAAGCUUUCUCCUUCCUAUGGCAGUGACAAGAAGCACCUGUGUUCCCGCAAGCACAGCCUGGAGGUGACGCAGGAAGAGGUGCAACGGGAGCAGCCCCAGCGGGAGAUGACCUUGCAGAGCCUGGAGGAGAACAUGUGUGAUGCGUCUUCCCUGAGCCGGGCCAGGCCAGUGGAGCAGGGCUGCCUGAAGCGACCGGUCUCCCGCAAGCUGGGGAGGCAGGAGUCCGUGGACGACCUGGACCGAGAGAAGCUGAAGUCCAAAGUGGUGGUGAAGAAACCAGAGGGCUUCCCAGAAAAACAGGAAACCCACCAGAAAUCCCACGGACUUGGUAGUGAUUUGGAAAACCUCCCUCCCUUUAGGCUAGAGGAGAGAGAGAAGAAAAUAUAUCCGAAGUCUCUAGAAAGGUCAAACCAUUUUGAAAACAAAGCAUCCAUGCAAGAGGCCCAGUCCCUGGGCAGCUUACUGAAAGAUGCUCUUCACAAGCAGGCCAGCGCACGGGCCAGUGAGGGGGGGUCCCUAGAGGGGACGGCCCCCGGGGAGCAUGGCCAGGGCACCUGUGACUUCAAACGGGCCUCUGCACCCAGCACCCUCCAAGAUGGUCUCUGCCCCUCCGACAGGGCCACUUUCGGAAAGGGUGAAAGCACAGAGAAGACACCCCAGUCCAAGGAGUGUCUCCGCUGUGAGAAAUUAGACAGCAAGAUGGCCAACAUUGAUUACCUCCGAAAGAAGAUGUCACUUGAAGACAAAGACGACAGUUUCUGUCCAGGGCUGAAGCCCAAGAUGACUGCUGGUGCCCAUGAAUGCCUGCCUGGGAACCCAUCCCGGCCCCUAGGGGGGCUGCAGGAGGCUCUGCCUGCUUCUGAGAAUCGAGCGUUCAUCAACAGUGCCCAGAUUAGCACUGUCUCUUUUGUUCCUCUGAAGGCCUUGACUGGCCGGGUGGAUAGUGGAGCAGAGAAGCCAAGCUUGGUUGUUCCUGAGUCACCUGUCCGGAAAAGCCCUUCUGAGUAUAAGCUGGAAGGUAGGUCUGUGUCAUGCCUGAAGCCAAUUGAGGGCACUUUGGACAUCGCUCUCCUUUCUGGACCUCAGGCCUCCAAAGCAGAGCUGCCUUCACCAGAGCCCACCCAGAGCCCCAGCCCAGGCAGUGACGUGGCACCUUCAGUAGCCCUCCCCAGCAGUGGGGGGAAAAAGGGUGAAACUGUGGGUCAGAGGGAGUCUUCAUCUGCCAGCUUCAAGGUGAAUAAAUCCUACCUGCUUGAGCCUCGGUUCCCACCCCCUAGCCGGGGUCUACAGAAUUCACCAGUAGCAGUCCUGCCUGACCUGCGAGACAGGAAGGCUUCUCACGCAGUCAGGAGUCCUGGGACUGUCAUGGAAAGUGACGCCCAAUGGAGAGAGAGUGGUGGCUGCAGACACCUAGACAAUAGCCUUGAUCCUAAGGUCCUUCCCUUUGUGGGGCAGAACCUCCAGGGCUCUGAUCCAGCCAGGCCUCGGGACCUGCUCCCACCUGAACCUGCUCCCUUGAGGGAGAAGUCAGGUCUGAAGGAAUCAUCCACGAGGACCCCUUCCGCAGCCAGGAGUGAGCAGUCUGCUAUGAAGGCCGAGGUCCUCAGGGACCAUUCUGUGGAGCUCUGUCCUCCAGAAAGUGCUAAAAGCAGUGACAAAGCCAAAAAUCUCCCCUCUCUGGGAAGGACCCGCCCAGAUUCCUAUACACAGGUCCAGACCUUAGAGAAAGUAUGGGGGCCUUCUGGGAAAACAAACCAUAAAGAUGGUCGAGAUGAGGUGAGGUUGCUGGCCAGAGAGGACUCCUCUUUGUUCUCAGAGGUGACUCCUUGUGAGAGGGAGCUGGGCAAGGGAAGAAGUAGCCUGGAACCCAAGCCAGAAGCUCUUCCUGCCAAGAGGUCUCUGCAGAUAUCCUCAGCUGAGGGUGGGAAGAAUGAGAAGCUCCCUGGGUUCCUAUCUUCACAGAAAGAUGUCCCCAAGGAACUGGAAAGGAAAGAACAGCCUCUUCAAAAGCAUCUCAGCAGUAGCUCUCAGCUCCCAAUCAUCACCAAAGAACCACCCAGCCCUGCUGUUCGCCAGCAUUGUGGUUCACCCAGCCAUUCUUCAGGCAAAGAGCCAGGAAGUAAGCCCUGUGCUACAGAGCCCAGCCCAGGCCUCCAGGACCCUCACAAGUCCACUGCUACGCACAGUGAAAGUAGCAGCGUCAAGCUGAGGCCUGGCCCUGAUGCUGGCCCUACAAAGUCUAAGCACCUGGACAGGCUCCUCUCCUCCCAGAAGCUGGGUACGGGGGUUGCGGUAGGCAGAGAGUCCGGCAUUCAGCCUCUUGGUGGCCCUAGUCAGGAAGGAAAGGGAAGCACUAAAAGUGUGCUAGACUCCUUCCCUAGUACCCCAAGUUCCCAGAAAGCAGCCAGAGAUCCAAUUAUCCAGGGAGGAAGUGGGCUCUCGGUCCCACUACACACUGAAAAGGGGCCUCUAGACCCCAAGCUGAAACCUGCCAGUGGUGGGCAUCCCCUGGAGAUCCUGGAGAAGCCUGUGUAUCUGCCAAAGCAAGGACACCCAGGGGUUAGUGAAUUGGUAGAUCAGAAAGUUCCGAUUGUCAAUGAAAAGCAGAAUCUGUCUCCAAAGCACCUGAAACCAUCCACUGUGAAAGAUUGCCCCCCUCUGUGCAAACAGACAGACAAGAGCCCCAGCCUGCAGGCCACCAUCACAGACCGGAAGUCCGAAGGGAAGAAAUGCACAGAAGCACUUUAUGUUCCAACAGAUGGCGGAAAGCUGGAGGUCAGCCUUUCCCUGACACCCAGUGAGUCCAGGCUAAAAGGCACAGAGAAGCCUGCAGCAGCAGGGGGCAGGAGCUUCACAGAGGCAAAGGGAAAAGGCCUCAGUCCCCAAAAGCCAUUGACUGAAGCAGGCAAGCCCAGUGGCAUGAAACGCUCACCCUCAGCCACUGGGCAGAGUUCUUUCCGAUCAGCUGCUCUCCCAGAGAAGUCUCUGAGCUGCUCUUCCAGCUUUCCUGAGGCCCGGCUAGGAGUUCGAGAGGCCUCCACAGCUAGCAACAACUCCUCUUCUGUCAAGGCUUAUGGGACUGAGCCCACAGCCUCCAUUAACAGGGACCAAAGGAAGUCCCUGCCCGGUGGGGAUGGAAAAACCCAAAUGACUAAAAGCGACUCUAUGCCAUCCUUUAGGAGCUCCACUGCCACUCUGGAGUCACACCACACCAACCCAAAUGUUGCCGGGGGAGCUGGCCACCGGGACAGGGCCCUCUCAGUCACAGCCUCCAUAGGAGAAACCAAAGGGAAAGAGCUUGCCCCUGCCCAGCCUCCCCAGACUCGGAAACAGAAUGUGGGCAGAGAAGUACCCAAGCCGUCCCCAGCGCCAAGCACUGAGCGCCCCAUUACCCUUUCUUCUGAGAAGGAUUCUGUGGUACGGCAGAGGCGGGGGAAAGAGAGUUUGCGUAGCAGUCCUCACAAAAAGGCCUCGUGAUGGGGCGGGCCCCGGGCCACAACUGGGGUCACCCAACCUGAAUGUGUUACUGUGUCUUGACUACCUUUGAAACCAGCACUGUGUGGGAAUGUCCGCCAGGCAGAGCCGGCAGCCUCACUGAAGAAGGAGAAAGAGAAAGAGAUUUUGGAAAGCGAGAGAGGACCUUCUUCCAAAUGCCUUCCCAGUUGUAACCAGUAAAACUGUUACCAGAUAGUGUUUGUACAAAAUCAUGACCUUUAGAGUUGAGGGUUGUUGAAGAGAAAGAUCUCUGUAUAUACCUAGCGAUGUGUUUGGUUUGGGAUGUAGAGUCCACACCUGGCUGCUGACCGCAUUGUUUACUACAGCUUGGUUUUUUGGUUUUGUUUUUUGUUUUUGUUUUUGUUUUUUGUUUUUGUUUUUUUUUUUCAAUUAGAUUUGUUUGUUUUACCACUUAACCAUAAGGUAGAAAAGAAGAGAAAUGGUUAAAACUGGGUGUGUGUAAAAGUAUAGACACACCCCCACUUGUGUAUAUACACAUCCACACAGGUUUUGAUGUCUGUGAUUGAAGAGAAUAUUUCAAGGCUGCAUUUUUACAAGUUCAAACAUUCUCCGUAGAGUUAAAGAAGAAAGCAAGCCCUAAAUACAGUAGAUUGUGAGUUUUUAUGUGUAUUUUUAAGCAGAAAUUUUGAUAGCACUGUAUCUGGCUACCUAUAUUUCCAGAUCUAAAGCAAGAACUCCUCUAGUCACUGCAUUUGGAAUCCUCCUCCAUUAGAAAUGGCCAGAACAGAUGGAGUUAGCCAUUUCAUUUCACGGUCAUCUUAAUGGACAUUCUGAUCCUGGGUCCAACUGUCUGUAAAGCCAGUUGUCCUUGUCUGUGGGUGUGUAUGUCAGUCUUCACCAUAGGUAGAGCGGGGGCUGUGAACACACGUCACCUUUAUUUCUGUUCUCUUGCUUUUCCUUUUUUUCAUGCUCUUAAACUCAGGCCUCUAUGCUGAGUGGCCUGUCCAGGAACCACACAUUUUCCUAGUAGUCCUGCACCAGCCCUGUUUGUGACAUAAAAGGAGAGAUGCUGGACACACACGAAUCUGCUAGUACUUAGGUUAAGUAAUGAGCAUCAGGCAUUGGAAGAGGUUUUAAAUUUGCUUUUUUGAAGAAAAGAGGGGGGUGGAUUUUGGCAUCAUAGCAUAUAUAUUAAGGGAUAAUCAGGACAUCAGAUACAUUUUAAUACAUAGCUGGGGCCUUAUGUUGUAGAUGAAGCUUGCUGUUUUUAGCAAGCUCCUGGGUUUCACAUUCAUUUCUGAUGCAUCAGGUAGCUCCACACAUUUCAUAGUUGAUCUCUUUAUUUAUAUGCAAAAAUACUGUAUUAAUAAAGAGGAACAUUUUUAUAACAUGACUUGUUGGAGCUAUUUGGUGCUUGAAUGUGACUGUCCUUUUUACUUUUGCUAAGCCUUAUUUAAAUUUUGUAUACCAUGAAUAUGUAGAAAUUGUCAAAUCAUUUUAGUGCUGAGGGGUUUCUGUUUGUUUGUUUUUUUGUUCCAGUUUUCCUGGUGUACUGUAAGAUGGCACUUGCUGACAUAAGUACUAAGGCACUAAGAGAAAAUGCACACAGAUAAGUAUUUAUAAGAUGCUUGGGAUCCAUAGUAGAAGUUUUUGUUCUGUUUUGAAAGAGAAAAAAUAUAUCUACCAGUAAACACUAAUCCAGCACCCAACCCCCUCAGGGAUGGUUAAAUAUCUUCAAGCUAUAAAAUUAUUCAUCCAAGCACAGCAUCAUCUUACAGCCCUGUGGAUUGUAAAUCAUUUAGUGAAGCUGUAAACUCCGCUUCAAAAACAAAGGCGUAACUUAACUGCUUGGUUGUCCUUCAUUGUAAAGUGAGUUGGCAAUGACAAAAAAGAGUCUUCUCCUUGCCCUUAAUUUUUUUGCCCCCUGUAGUUUCAGCCAUACCCUGUCACUAUAUUGUGAGAGCAUUAGGAGAAACAAAUACUUUCCAAAAACAAAUGAAUUUCAAAAAUGGUCUCAACAUUUAUAAUUAAUAUCUGUGUCUGGCAGUUGUCAUAGCCCAGUCUGGCUUCACUCAGACUGGUCUACGGGGAGGUAGUUCACAGUUUACAGCCUUUGCUUUUUAACUGUCCAGUUUCCUUUAAAGCACAACUAGCUGCUUGUUUACAAAUGCUAUUUUUAUGUAUAUUUUGUAUAGUGUAUUACCAUUUUUGCCAAAUAUGUUUUUGCAUUCUGGAUGAGUAAAGAGUGCUUACGGUUGCAUUCAUGUAAUACCUGUUUGUUGUUGUAAACCUCGCCAAUCAGCUGGUAGAAAGUCUCUUGUGUUCUAUUUGGUGGGUCUCCUGUGAUUGUAAGACGUGCUCCUCGGUAGUACUCCCAGCUGUAGAUUUACCAGCUUAAACGUUUGUUAGGAUCUGUGCAAUAAAGUGUUUGCAGUCUUAUUUUCUCUAAAAAAUUCCCUAUGGAUGUCAUAAUUGUUGUAUAUUGA